CCACUUUUUGUGAUUUGCGGGGAUUCACCUUCUAUUCUGGGAUUCCAGGGUCGAUUCGUCACUAUCUUCUCCUCCAGGAAUCUGAAGGUGAUGGCAAGUGGGUUUGAGGAAUCAACAAGCAGGUCGCCCCCAAGCCCUUCCUGCUCCAGCAACAGUAACAAUGACACGGGCAGUUUUGAAUGCAAUAUUUGCUUUGACUUGGCACAAGAUCCUAUAAUUACUUUAUGUGGUCAUCUUUUCUGCUGGCCUUGUCUUUACAAAUGGCUUCACUUUCAUUCUCAAUCACGAGAAUGCCCAGUGUGCAAGGCCCUAGUUGAGGAGAAAAAGUUGGUCCCCUUGUAUGGGAGAGGAAAGACAUCAACGGACCCGAGAUCAAAAUCUUUUCCAUGCGAUAAUAUCCCUCAUCGGCCAGCUGGUCAGAGACCUGAAACUGCCCCUUCACGAGAACCAAAUCAUUUUCCUCAACAUGGAUUUGGAUUUAUGGGUGGGUUGGGAGGGUUUUCCCCAAUGGCAACAGCAAGAUUUGGGAAUUUCACAUUGUCAGCAGCAUUUGGUGGUUUUAUACCAUCCUUAUUUAACUUCCAGUUGCAUGGGUUUCAUGGUGGGGCCUUGUAUAGUGGAGCAGCUGGUUUUCCUUUUGGAUAUGCUACUUCAUUUCAUGGUGGCCAUGCACAUGGGCACCCUCAGUAUGCAGGUCAAGGACAACAAGAUUACUACCUGAAGAGGCUGCUUCUGUUUGUUGUCUUUUGUGUCGUUCUUGCGUUUAUUUGGCAAUAGAUUGGAUAGAGCUGAGAGCCUGAGACUGCUAAAAGAUAAUUAGUAUUUCUCACACCUUUUGUGUGUGUGUGUGUUUUCCUGGUGACGAAGGAAAUUGUUUAUAUCAUACUUUCUUAUUACUCUUGUAGUACUUUCGUUUUGAAAAAUCUGUGAGACUUCAUGCUUUUCUUGUGAAAAUAUCUAGAGUCCUAAGCAAGACGUCAGUUGCGGAUGUGCCCUCUGUACACACUAAUCAGGAGCUACUUUUUAAAUCCACGAACUUUUGUGGUUUGGGGUUUUUACUCAGUCAUUUUUACACUAUCAUUCGAGAUGAAUUUUCAAGCUUUAUGUACUCAUCACGUUGCUUGAAUUUUAGAAGUACCCAUUUAUUUC